CCCGCCUCCCACAUCCGCCAUCCGGAUUGGCUAGGAAGGCUAGGGGCUCUGGCGGCCGGGCUGCUGAGAGCAUGGCCUCUCCAGCGGCCACCGCUCCCCAGCCAGAGUUACCGGAGCGAAACUGCGGGUACCAAGAGGUCCAGUACUGGGAUCAGCGCUACCGAGACGCAGCUGAUUCUGCCCCCUACGAGUGGUUCGGGGACUUCUCCUCCUUCCGUGCCCUCCUAGAGCCGGAGCUACGGCCCGAGGACCGUAUCCUCGUGCUAGGUUGUGGGAACAGUGCCCUGAGCUAUGAGCUGUUCCUUGGAGGCUUCCCUGAUGUGACCAGUGUGGACUACUCAUCAGUUGUGGUGGCUGCCAUGCAGGCUCGCUAUGCCCACGUGCCCAAGCUGCGCUGGGAGACCAUGGACGUGCGGGCAUUGAACUUCCCCAGUGGCUCCUUUGAUGUGGUGCUCGAGAAGGGCACGCUGGAUGCUCUGCUGGCUGGGGAACAGGAUCCCUGGAGUGUGUCUUCUGAAGGUGUCCACACUGUGGACCAGGUGUUGAGUGAGGUGAGCCGCGUGCUGGUCCCUGGGGGCCGGUUCAUCUCAAUGACCUCUGCUGCACCCCACUUUCGGACCAGACACUAUGCCCAGGCCCGUUAUGGUUGGUCCCUGAGCCAUGCAACCUACAGCAGUGGUUUCCACUUCCAUCUCUACCUCAUGCACAAGGGCGGAGAGCUCAGUGUGGCCCAGUUGGCCCUGGGGUCCCAGAUCCUUUCACCCCCUAGACCUCCUACCUCACCCUGCUUCCUUCAGGAUUCAGAUCAUGAGGAUUUCCUUAGUGCCAUCCAGCUGUGAGGCCAGAAGCAUGGUCCUCCAGCCCUCGCUGCCAUUCUCUCCUGGGCUUCUCAUGUAGUUGGAAUUCCUGACUCAGGGCUUGAGGUUGGGUCCAAGGUCCUCACUCCCCAGGGACCUCAUGCCUAAGAUAGAAGGUGGGAGUAAACCCACAUGAACCAAUAUAGCCCCUCUAACUAGAUUCCAGA